AUGAGGUUCCUCACGAUGCAGCGGCCAAUAUUUGCUGCUGUGGCUACUCUAGCCAGGCCGGCUUUCACACCCGUCGCUCCUCUGGGUGUCCAAUUGGCCAAUUCCCUCGUCCAAGGUCAUCGAUUUGCCUCGGUCAAGUCACAGGGUGCAUACAAGAAGAAGCCCAAGAGGGGUAUUCCAAAGAAGCUCGGUGCAAAGCGUACAGGAGAUCAAUUCGUCAUUCCCGGAAACAUCCUCUACAAGCAGCGCGGUACGCAUUGGUGGCCUGGAGAGAACUGCAUCAUGGGUCGAGACCACACCAUUCACGCAAUGGCAACCGGAUACGUCAAAUACUACCGCGAUCCCUCGCUACAUCCCGACCGCAAAUACAUCGGCGUAGUCUUUGACAAGAACGACACACUGCCAUAUCCCGUCCACGCCCAACGCAAGCGAAAACUAAACAUGACCGCCUUCCCCAUCAAAGAAGUCGCCGCGCAGCCCGAGAUCUCGCCGUCCGGAAUCCCCUUCCAGGUCAACCGUGUCGAAGCGGGCGAGCCAGACAGAUUGCUCAAGCUGCGAAAGGACUACAGUUACCGUGAAGACAACUGGGCCAUUGGAAAGCUGGCCAAGACGACGGGCCUCAAGACCAAGAGGUUCAGGACGCGAAAGCAGUGGUUCAGACAUAGACGAUGGAGGCGGGAGAGGGAACUCGAAGGACAGAGAAAGGCGGCGCAGAAGAGGGCUGAGAGCGGUGGGGAGAUUAAGGCUGUCAAGGUGCUUAGCCAGAAGCAAGCCAAGAAGGCAAAGAAGGCAUCAAAGAAGAAAUAG